AUGGUUAAUAGAGAUCAAAAUGCAGAUGAAGUAAUCCAUAGGGUUAGACAAGAUAACAUGGUGGCUGAAAAUAACUUAACUACCAUGAUCGAAAGAAUUAUGGCCCAGAAUGGCAUGAACACAGGGCUUCGACGCCCAAAUUAUACAUCUCCUUUGGCAGAUUUUAUUUUACAAACUGAGUUACCAAGGGGUUGUAAAAUCCCCAAAUUUACAAAAUUUUCAGAGGACACUAGUGAAUCAACUGUCGAACAUAUAGCCAGAUAUUUGACUGAGGCAGGAGAUUUGGAGAAUAGUGAAAACCUAAGAAUAAAGUAUUUCCCUGGUUCUUUAACAAAGAAUGCAUUUACAUGGUUCACUAUGUUGCCACCAAAUUCUAUAGAUGCAUGGCCUCAUCUAGAAAGGUUCCGUUUAUUAAAAUCUAGAUGCUUCACUGUAGUUCCUGAACAUGAACUAGUCAAAAUGGCUGCAGGAGGGCUAAAUUACUCCAUCAGAAAGAAGUUAGAUACCCAAUAUCUAAGGGAUAUGACCCAAUUAGCAGACAGAAUUCGACAAGUCGAACGAUUGAAGGAUGAAAAGUCCAGAGCAAACAAGAGUUAUAAAAAAGAAAGAGUGGCUUAUGUCAAAGCCGAAGACGAAGAAUUCGAAACCUUCAACGAUUCCUAUGAUUUUGAGGAAGUUGGAGUGGAUUUGACUGAAUUAAAAGAGGCACCUCCAUACUCUUGUAAAAUGCUCACACCUUCGAAUGGCAAGAACCCUGUCGAAGUAGAAAAGAAUGAUAAAUUUCCUAAGAAAACAUACACAUUUAAUGUUACAAAGUGUGAUGAGAUUUUUGAUUUAUUGUUUGCUGACAAAGCCAUAAGCCAUAUGAAAGUUGAUGUUGACCCCCUUCAUGUUGCAGAUACCAACUAUGCUAAACCUCUAGAGAUCAACAUGGUGGAUAUGGUCAAAAUUGGAGACAAUGAGGCAAAGAAAGUGGAAGAUGUCUCAACUGGAAAGCAGAAUACUGAAAGCCUAACUGAUAAUGCUUCCUUCAACACUGAUGUCGAAGGUUUCCCUGCAGAAAAUUCUAGACCUGAGGCUACUUAA